AUGAAGGAGAUCAUGUUGUCACUCACAAUCCCUUGCACCCCCCAGUUGACGGUGGAGAAGGUCUUGAGCUUGGCCAGCAAGAUGCACAACUAAUCCACGUGUCAGAACUAGUCUCGAUGCCUGCACCAGUUACCCCACUACCAUAGAAAUCAAUUUUUUGCACCAUGCCCCCAGAGUCUACAUCAUCGUCGUCAUAUCUUCCCGCCCCCAUCCCAAGUUGGUAUUGUUGCAUGACCGCUUCCAGCAAGACCCAUCGAAAUUCCCGGCAUGCUACAGAACCGACGGCAGAGGGGCUUCGCACAAUCAAAGUGCUGGAAACACACCCCCGCCCGUGCGCCUCGAGGAGUGGAGUAGAGAAACAUUUACAGCAAAAACAUUGUGUGCAAUUCACUCACGGUCAACGUGAGGCCACUAUACAAGGCUUGAUCGAUGGUUCUAAAAAUGCACCAGCACAGAGGGGAACGUUAAUGCUGGGCUUCAAGGCUCGCGGUCAGAGCUGUCGGGGCGUGAGAGAAGCGAAGGCGGUUGUCGUCAAAGCAGU